AUGCAGACGACGCGCCCCUCCGCAGCGAUUUUUCCGCGCCCCUCCUCCACGCCGGCGCCCCUCUCCAUCGCUGCGCCACAAAAUCCCAUGGUGGCGGGGGUGGUCUUGGUGGUGGUGCUUGUCGGGGUCGGGAUGGGCUCCGGGGCGGCCUUGCUCGACGUGCCCUUCAAGGGCGGCAAGGCUGGGCUGCGUAGGGAUGCCGAGGAAGAGGCCACAGUGGCCAAGGAGGCCGCGGCGGUGGCCUUGCGUGAGAUACGCCACGAGGCGGCCAUGGCUAGGGUGGAGGCGGUGGUUCUCGAUGCUGCCAGCAUCACUAUGCGCGGGCAUCGCUGCACCGCAGCGGCAUGCAGGGAGGCGACAGAGGCGGUGGCAAUCGACAUCACCUCCAAUGCCAUUCGGGAUGCCAUGGCGACAUGCAUGGAGGCGGUGGAGCAGAAGGCGCACGAGAAGGCCAACUUCGCUAUCGAUGAUGCAGAGGAGGAGGACCACGUGGCGGAGGCGGACGUAGCUAUGGCUUGGGUCCUCCUGGGCAAGAAGGAGGAAGAGGAGGAAGCCCUCUGGCAGGUGCAGAGAGCGCACAGCAGGCCUGCUGCAAGAGAUCAUAGUCGUGGAGAGUGCAACGCCGAAGCAACAGCGAUGGUGGAAGCGGCGGCUCAGGCAGCAGCAGAGGCGGAGCGGGUCGCGGAGGAGGAGCGCACGACGCACCGGGAGGUCGAGCUCGACGCCGCCUUGCCCGACGGCGCAGGGCAUCCCAGCCAGGGUCUCGAAGGACGCGACCAGAAUGAACUUGUCGCCGGCGCACUCGAAGCGGUCGUGUACGGGGGCGGCGUCGUCGGCGAUGUCGUGGAUGACGGUGUCCGCCGGUGGGGCCGUCGGAGGGGUGCCAUCGCCGCCCGCGCCUCCGCGAGCGCCACCCCGGCGUCGGUGAGCUCGGCCCUGGCGUCGGCGAUUUGCGCCCUGGUCGCCGUGAGGCGCCCUUCUGCGCGCUCUGCCGCCUCCGCCUCCGCAACCUCCGCCUCCGCAGCCGCCUCCUCCAGGGAGGAGGUGGUCACCGUUGUCGGAGAGGAGGUGGUCACCGUCGUCGGGGAGGAGGUGGUCACCAUUUCCGGAAAGGAGGUGGCCGCCAUCAUCGGGGAGGAGGUGGUCGCCGUCAUCAGGGAGGAGGUGGUCGCCGUCAUCAGGGAGGAGGUGGUGACCGGUGCCGGAGAGGAGAGGAGAGGAGAGGAGAUGGUGAAGAAGUGA